AUGCCUGCAGCAGGCCCUGGAACAAUCGAAGACCAAAUUCGGCAAGUGGAUCGGGUCGUAAAGGACUGCGAGCAUUCACGGAAAUGUAUGGAAGUGCUGGCACGCCGCCUGGACGAUUUGAAUGAUGAAGUGAAGAGAUAUCGAGACUUUUUGAGUCAGGAAAAAUCCCGACGAGAUCCUGCCCUUUACAAAACGACCAAUGUAGACCGCCCAAGUGUGUACAAUGAGAACAUCUGCGGAACGAUGAACAGUUUGACAUCACAACUCACUCAGGAAUAG